AUGGAAAUGCAGGCCAUCUUUUCUCUGAAGGAAAAAUCUGUGGCUCAGGUAACAUUUGUAAUUCCCUGCAUUAUUCUCUUUGAAUCCCUUCUUAUUUUCUCGGGAAACUCUUUCACCACAUUCGCGUUUUGGAAAAACCGUGGCAAACUGAAGCGGACCUCAUUUCUUCUCAUAAACCUGGCCGUGGCGGAUCUUCUUGUUGGACUCAGUCAGAUGAUAAUAACUGGAGGGUUUUACAUUCCAGAUUCUUUCCAAACCAACAUUACUUCUGGUGAGGAUAAUUUGAAACAUUCACUUCUAGGUGGUUACCAACUAAGUUUGCCUUUUGCAUCAGUUUUCUUCCUCGUUCUCAUCUCACUGGAACGUGCCUACGCUCUCAUUUGGCCCCUUCGCCAUCGAGUAGCAAGCAUCAGAGGCUAUAUUUACAGCGCUAUCUUUGUGUGGGGUGCUGCAAUAGCUCUCCAGGUAGGGAAUUUGUUAAUGUUGUUCUUCCACUUCUCGGAAAUUGACCACUGGAUGAUUGCAGUAUGGUCCAUUGCGGCUUUAUCGCUGAUCGUAAUUUGUGCCUGCUAUGUGGCGAUACGAGCUAAACUCAGUUCCAGUAGAUUGGUGUCAGUUGCUAGCAAGGACAAUUCACUGGAACAGAACAAGAAACUCUCCAGGACUUUGUUUAUUGUGAUAGGCGCCUCUCUUGUCUGUUGGGGCUCGAGUAGUGUUGCCCAUUUUAUUUUUCAUCAGUGUUCCGGCUGUUUUUCUAAACACGUACUCUACAGUUUUUACAUAUUCCAUUUGGCAAAUUCUUUGGUGAAUCCUGUCAUUUAUAGUUUUAGAUUUCCCAUGUUUCGAGAAACUUUAAGAGAAAUACUAUCACUUAAAACUUCUGAACGACUUAGAUUUAAACCAAACAGGGCUUCUGAGUUAGUAACUGUCGAUGACAAAUUCAUAGAGACAGGUGUUUAUGUGCAAGAAGGAAUAGUAAAAUCAUAG